ACGGAUACCUUUGUGCAUGUACGUUUGUUUCCUUUAGUAAAAAAGAAUGCCAGCCACAUGGCCAACAAUAGACAACCUACUCCCAACCACAAAGCCCAUCACAUUAUAAUGCAUGCUAGCUAUCAACUUCUUACCGUAUGAAAUUCUGCCAAACUAAAGUACUAUCCAUCACCAUUUCCACCCUCGAGUCUUUAGAUAAUUCUUGAUCAUCAUAAAGACCUGGAAUCUCAUUUUUCAACAUCCCAGUAUGGAGAAGAUCAUCAAGAAAAACCCACUCAAAGAUGAAGCAUUACUUCAGCAUCCAAUCCUUUUUGUUCUUGUUUUGGUCUUGGGUUUUGUUAUAAUGGAUCCUUUCAAUAUGGGUCCCCUAGGAAGCCAUGAGUUUAUGCCUGUGAAGCACACAAUUGCACCAUACAAGCAAGUCAUGGAGAAUUGGCCUAGAGACAAUCAAAGCCGGCUAGGACUUGGAAAAUUGGAAUUUGAGAAUGAAGUCUUCGGCCCUGAAUCGUUAGAGUUCGAUCACUUGGGGCGUGGCCCUUACACAGGAUUGGCCGACGGACGUGUUGUUCGAUGGAUGGGUCAAAGUGUUGGGUGGGAGACCUUUUCACUCGUGACACCAAGUUGGUCAGAGAAGCUUUGUGCUAAAGGUGUCGAUUCAACCACAUCCAAGCAAUGGAAGCAUGAGAAAAGGUGUGGCCGUCCCCUUGGCCUAAGGUUCGAUAAAGAAAGUGGAGAUUUGUACAUAGCCGAUGCUUAUCAUGGCCUUAUGGUUGUUGGGCCUGAAGGAGGACUUGCAAGAUCUCUGGCAACUCAAAUAGAAGGGAAGCCCAUAAUGUUUGCCAAUGACCUUGACAUUCAUAAAAACGGUUCCAUCUUCUUCACAGACACUAGCAAAAGAUACGACAGAGUGAACCAUUUCUUUAUAUUGUUGGAAGGGGAAGCCACUGGUAGGCUUCUCAGAUAUGACCCACCAACUAAAACAACUCAUGUUGUCUUGGAGGGGUUGGCUUUUCCGAAUGGAGUACAAUUAUCUAGGGACCAAACCUUCCUCCUCUUUACUGAAACUACCAACUGCAGGCUAACAAAAUACUGGUUGGAAGGUCCAGAAUCUGGAACCACAGAAGUGGUUGCUGACUUGCCGGGUUUCCCAGACAAUGUAAGAAUAAAUGAGAAAGGUCAAUUUUGGGUAGCAAUAGAUUGUUGCCGAACUGCUGCACAAGAAGUUCUCACACACAAUCCUUGGAUACGAAGUGUCUACUUCCGACUGCCAAUUCAAAUGAGCAUCUUAGCUCGAUUGAUGGGGAUGAGAAUGUACACAGUGAUCUCACUCUUCAAUGAGAAAGGAGAGAUUUUGGAAGUUCUUGAGGAUAGAAAGGGUGAGGUCAUGAAACUAGUUAGUGAAGUAAGAGAAGUAAAUGGGAAGCUAUGGAUUGGCACUGUGGCUCACAACCACAUUGCCACCCUCGCUUACCCCUUGACUAAUUAAGGCGUUAACUUCAAUUUGAUGAAAGGGGUUAUUGGUGUUUGUAUUUAUUGUUAGAUAUUAGAUGUUUGACUUGAUUUAUGAUUCGGGUAACAAUAUUGGUGUUUAAAUGACAAGCAUGGUCUCUUAUAUUUGUA